CGGAGGCUCACAUGCGGCUCGCCUGAUAGCGGAAAUCCAACCGAGCGUGCACUUCCAAAUAAAACCAAGAGAUGUGGCGGAAAUAACCAAACAAAUGCUCGCUGCAGUUGUGCUAGCUUUAUGGAAACAAGACAAGGAAGUUUCCUGAACACCUGAGCCAGCAAGUGCUCUUAAAACGCCUCACGCGCUUGACCAUCAACGAAAAGAUGGUUUGCGGUCCAAAAAGUGGAGGGGGAGUUGGGUCGCUACAUGAGAAAACUACAAAUAAAAACAAGUGAUAGAUAACCUGCGUACUCCCCGUGUCUCUUCGCGAGUGAGAGGAGGAGGAGGAGGAGGAGGAGAAAGGAAGCUAGGAAGCCAGGAAGCCAGGCGGCGGCGGUUACCUGACUCCGGUGGUGAGAUUUAGCUAGGCCGGCCCCUCUUCACCACGCGGGCUGGCGGCUUCGAGUGUCGGCUGCGGCCACAACAGGUUGGGAGGCUUGUCCCGCUUGAACCGGCGCCAUGACCCGCCUUGUAAGACUUGCACAAAAUGAGCAGAAUUGCUGGUGUGCUUGUACCUGUGAGCCGCUGACCCAUUUAGGACCAUGUGCUCGAUGCGCACACACUUUUCUCUCCAUCCCCCUCUUUUUUUCCCUCUCCAUCCUCGUAUUCACCAGCGACGACACCCAGCAGCCUCUCUCUCUCUCUCUCUCUCGCUGAGCCAGUGGAUCCGUCGUACUUGACUAAUUAGCAUUGAAGUGCUGUUGAAGAUCAUCUUGCUCAUCUCGACGACCUAGCAGCAGGCGUACGUAGGUUGGGUGGUUGCAGGGGGUCCCGCGUGCGGGCAAGAAGCUCACCGGUCACUCUGAGCCUCUUGGACUUUUCGGUGAUCAAGUGGCAGAAGUGAGGAGAGGUUCUGCUUUGGGGAAAAAACAGAUACGGAACCGCAGAAUGAACUGCUGGAGAAAAUCCUGCUAGAGGGCGAGACUCCGAGGAAGCCCUUGUUACAGCAAGAACCAACCAGAGGUUUAAGAUGAUUUCCACACGGCUGGCGGCCCAGAGGCAGGAGAUGAAACUUCUCGGUGACAGCAGCUAUCAGAAGACCAGCACCUACAUUGUACCCUGCUUCCUCUUUGUCGAGCUGGUCAUCAUGGCAGGGACCGUGUUGUUGGCGUACUACUUUGAGUACACGGACACCUUCCCCGUGCACAUCCAGGGCUUCUUCUGCUUCGACAAAGCGUACUCCAAGCCGUACCCGGGACCUGAGGACUACAGCAAGGCGCCGCCCGUCCUCGUCUACUCCCUCGUUACCGCCAUCCCCACUGUGACGAUUCUGAUUGGAGAGGUGACAAGUUUCUUUGUCAAGUCAGAGGGAGCUCAGGAGAAGACCAUCGUGACCGCAGACUGCUGCUAUUUCAACCCGCUCCUCCGCAGGAUCGUACGCUUUCUGGGCGUCUACUCCUUCGGCCUCUUCACGACCACCAUCUUCGCCAACGCGGGUCAAGUGGUGACGGGCAACCAGACGCCUCAUUUCCUGAGCGCCUGCAAGCCCAACUACACGGCGCUGGGCUGCCAGUCUUCGCUGCAGUACAUCACGGAGCAACGCGCCUGCACGGGGAACCCUUUCUUGGUGGCGUCCGCGCGCAAGUCAUUCCCCUCCAAAGAUGCGGCGCUCAGCUUUUACUCGGCCAUCUAUACUGUGAUGUAUGUGACCCUGGUUUUCCGCACUAAGGGCACCCGUCUGACCAAGCCGACUCUGUGCCUGGUGCUGCUGUCGCUGGCCGUGCUGGUGGGCGUGGUGAGGGUGACGGAGCACAGGAACCACUGGAGCGACGUCCUGGCCGGGUUCAUCACCGGUGGAGCCAUCGCCGCCUUCUUGGUGUCUUGCGUGAUCAACAAUUUCCGGCCGGCCCAAACAGCGACCCCGAACCCUCUGCGUCCGGCGCCGCAACCUUCGGAGACGCCGGCCGGGAUUCCUCUGCUGAGUCUGCCUCGUGUUGAGAGUCCACUCGAAAAGCUCCAGGGCUACCAUAUUCUGAGAUCACAUGACCCUCGGCCCAUCCCGCACCCCGCCCCCGCGCGCCACCCCUUGCGGAGGUGCCUCACCAGCUCGGUCUAGACCGGCCUGACGACGGCGCCACCCAGCCAUGCCCCGCCCACCGCGGCGCCCGGCUUCCUCUCCGCCGGGUGAAGUCCACGCAGGUGUGAAGGCCCGCGGCGGGAACGGCGGCGCGAGCUCGUUUGCCGGCCCGCCGAGGCGACCGACCGACCGGCCGGCUUCUGUCUUGUUCGUCCCCCCCUCUCCUCUCUCGGGAGCGAAAGAGCCGAGGAAAGGCUCGUUAAAGCCAGCUGCGUCGAAGCAAUACACCACCUCCCUGUCCGCUCGCCCCCGCCGACACUCCGCAACGAGAUUAACACUCGUUGGCUGCCGCCGAUCAAACACUCUGAUCAUCCAAACUUGGCGGAGCAGACGCUUUGCGGACCGGGGGGAGAAGCCUCGUAAGACCGCUGGAGAUGUUUUUUUAUGUUGUCGUUUGUUUUUGACGCUCAGGACAAUUCAGAGAUGUUUAUAUGUCCACAAAUACGCAUCGCAAAGAUGCUUUCUAUCCUCUAAAGCAGCGUUUCCCAACAUUUGUUGUUGUUUUGAUCAGCGAGACGUUUUUUGCAGGUCUGUUUUACCUUCUUGCCCUCUCGUGGAAGAGCGUUUCAUCAUUCUGCCUGUCGCUAUACACCGGCGGAAUAGAAAGGCAGACGAACAAAGGGAAAUCAUUUGUAGCUCAUAAGGGUUAUCGGUCGAUUAAUAUUUACAACUAUAUCAUGAAUAAAUGUACUUUUGUUUUGGUCCCUUAAAGCUGACGACAAUAAAGGUGUGAAUUACAGGCAGAACAUGUGACUGUUUUACAAUACUUUGUCCUUUAGUAUUUGUUUUACUUUACAACAACAGAGAGAAAAAGCUGCGAAAAUAGACAAAUACAUUGGCAGAGUUUUCUUUGUUUGAAUUAUUGUUUGAAUAUCAUUAGCCUUGUAUUAUGUUGUAAUAUGAUCAUGUAUUCAACGAAAAACUUGGUGGGGAAAACAAAUUGAAAAGGGCUAAUAUCGGCCAAUUAGAUCGGCCGCACGAGCAAUUGGUCAGGCCUCGGUAGAGUUGCACGAGAGCGGCUCGGCGACCUGGGCAAAAUAUGUUUUUAAAAAAUUCCUACGCGACUAAAUCACA